AAUGAACAAACAGUCCUCCUUGCAAGAAUUUUGGCCAUUGUUCGGGAAAAUACUCUUUUCAACCAUGUCUCGAAAUUUACUGACUCGUUGUCACCUCCUUCCCAGAGUUUCCUUGCCGUCGACUCUGCGGAAAGCAGCCUUUUCUACCUCAUUAAAAUCCGCCCACCAAUCUACCGAGUCGCCUAAUAAUCCAAAGAUCACUCACUUUGGUUAUCGCGAUGUCGCCGAGGAAGAAAAAGAAUCGUUGGUGCAUCAAGUGUUUGCCAAUGUGGCUGGAAAAUACGACGUAAUGAACGAUGCCAUGAGUAUGGGUAUUCACCGUGUAUGGAAGGACCACUUUAUUCGUACCAUGGCACCGGGCCCAGGAACCAAGUUAUUGGACGUGGCCGGAGGGACAGGCGAUAUUGCGCUCCGAUUUUUGGAUUACUGCAGAAAUGUGCAUCGCGACGGGACGGCCAAUGUGACGAUGGUGGAUAUCAACCCGCACAUGUUGGAAGAAGGCAAAAAGCGGUUUGCCACGACGCCGUAUGCACAUACGAACCAAGCCAACUUCUUGGUCCAGAACGCUGAGCAUCUUGUGGACAUUCCUGACGAGUCGUUUGAUGUAUAUACAAUUGCAUUUGGUAUCCGUAACUGUACGCAUGUGGAUAGAGUAGUCAAGGAAGCAUAUCGCGUACUGAAACCCGGCGGACGAUUCAUGUGCUUGGAAUUCAGCAAGGUCGAUAACCCGGUGAUUGGCAAACUGUAUGAUAUCUACUCGUUUGAUGUCAUUCCUGCUUUGGGUCAGAUCAUUGCCAGUGAUCGUGAUUCGUACCAAUAUUUAGUCGAAAGUAUCCGCAAGUUCUACCCCCAGGAAGAAUUCGCGCAAAUCAUUCGUGACGCCGGAUUUACCACCAUCGGGAAGAGUUACGAGGACUUGACCUUUGGCGUUGCCGCCAUCCACAGCGGAUUCAAAAUGUAGAAUUACUUUUCUCUUUUUAUUACACCCCAUGUUCUCUCUCUCUCGCUCUACCUCUCUCUUACUGUAGACUUGUUUAUUUUAAUACUCUCCCAUCUUCAUACAUGCAUUAGGCCACUAGCAUAUAUAUAUAAAAAAAAGAACCAA